AUGCCGCCUAAAUUUACACCACGUCUGCGAAAACAAAGACACCGGCAAAACCCAGACGGCGAGUCGGCUGAUACCAAUGUCGCACAGCUUGAGCCUGUCUCCAAGGACGAGAAGGAGGCACGGCGACAGAAGCUGAAGGGAGAGCUACGAGAGGAACAUCCUCAAAUGUCGUCAAAGAAGCAGAAGCGCUUGGAUAAAUAUAUUGAAAACAAACUUAGAAAGGAAGAAAAUAUCGAAUUGUUGAAGAAAUUAGCCGGAUCAUCUGUCGACACAUCGGCCUUACAAAGCUCCAGAGAUCUUUCCAACAAGCGCAAGAGACAUGAGGACGACUCAUCUGCACGAACGGCCGUUUCCGCGCCAAAAGAUAACGCUCCCGCAGAUGUAUCAGGGUAUGAUACUGACGAUUCGGAUAUCCACCUGAAAGUCUCCGAUCCCACAACAGAUCCCGAUGAACAAAAGUUACGAGAAGAGGCAGCCGCCGGAAGUGGUCUUAAGCGGCCACUAGAGCUAGGAGCCGAUGGAUUUCCUGUUCUUAAGAAGCGGAAGCGCGCACCGAAGAAGAAGAAGCCCGCACCUGCGCUAGUAAAAGCCGAGGUUGCAUGGGAGGGUUUCGACUCGGGUGAGGAGGAUGAAGAUGAAGAUGAAGAAGAUGUCGACGAGGAGUCCGGAAGUGAUAUCGAAGAGGACUCAGAAGAGGAAGACAUUUCGUCCUCUGAAGGUAUUUCCGAGGAUGAAGAUGAGGAUGAGGAUGAGGAUGAGGAUGAGGACUCAGAAGACUCAGAAGACUCAGAAGACUCAGAAGAUGACGACGAGAUGGACGAAGAUAAGCCAACACUCAAGACUCGCCAGUCAGCCUUCAAAUCUUGGGCGGUACAGCAGAUCAAUGAAGCCGCAGGGUUCAAACCCGCUGAGGGAGCUGUAACCGAGGAAGAGCAGGUGUUCGACCCAUCUAAGUUGCCAGCAAGCCACAAUACCAUCCAAGAAGAGCCUCUCCCUCGGGAGCUUCAGGUGACUCAUGGCGAUCCCAAUCGCAAGGCAUACAGUGUCGCAGUUAACCGCACGGAGGAAAUCCAAGUCGCCCGUCUUGGACUCCCUGUCGUUGGCGAAGAACAGAAAAUCAUGGAAGCGAUCCAUAAUAACUCGGUUGUCGUCAUUUGGGGUGCUACUGGUAGCGGAAAGACAACCCAGCUUCCCCAGUUCCUCUUCGAAUCUGGCUUUGGGUCCCCGGGCAGCCCUAAUCCGGGCCUAAUUGGUGUCACCCAGCCUCGCCGAGUCGCGGCCGUGAGUAUGGCGAACCGCGUUGCUCAGGAAUUGGGUCAACAUGCCGAGAAGGUGUCUUAUCAGAUUCGAUUCGAGUCUACAGCAUCGAAGAAGACAGCCAUUAAGUUCAUGACUGAUGGUAUUCUUCUACGAGAGAUUGCAGAUGACUUUGCCCUUCGCAAGUACUCUAUCAUUCUUAUUGAUGAGGCUCACGAGCGCAGCGUCAACACUGAUAUUCUGAUUGGAAUGGUCAGUCGUAUUGUGGGCCUGCGCAAGUCUUUGAGCGAAGAGGACCCGUCUGUCAAGCCUUUGAAGGUCGUCAUCAUGUCGGCCACUCUCCGUAUUUCAGAUUUCACCGAAAACCCAAGUCUUUUCCGUAACGGUGCACCCCCCUUGGUCCAAGCCGAGGGUCGCCAGUACCCUGUUGCAGUUCAUUUCUCCCGCCGCACCCAGCGUGACUACGUUGAAGAUGCGUUCCGCAAGGUUUCCCGCGGACAUCGCAAACUACCUGCCGGUGGAAUGCUUGUGUUCUUGACUGGUCAGAACGAAAUUCGGCAGCUUUCUAAGCGACUGAAGCAGGCAUUUAAACCUACCCAGCGGGAAGAUACGACACAGGCAAAGGUGCAGCUAUCAGCUACCGAGGCACCUCUAGAAGCAGAGGACCUUGAGCUGGGCGGUACCGAGAUGGAAAAUCCAGGGCAUGAUGAUUACGACAGUGACAUGGAGAUUACUGGACUAGAUGACGCAGAGGAAGACGAAGGCUUCGAACUUGCUGAAGGCGAAGAGGCCAUGGACUCGUCAACUCGCGUUCACGUCUUGCCUCUAUACUCUCAACUUCCCACCAAAGAACAGAUGAAGGUGUUUGAGCCGGCCCCAGAGAACUCCAGAAUGAUUAUCCUCGCAACCAACGUUGCCGAGACAUCUCUUACCAUCCCCGGUAUCAAGUAUGUCUUUGACUGCGGUCGCGCCAAGGAGAAGCAGUUCGAUCUCUUCACCGGAGUCCAAAGCUUCCAGGUUGGCUGGAUCAGCAAGGCAAGCGCAAACCAGCGAGCUGGUCGAGCUGGUCGAACAGGGCCUGGUCACUGUUACCGACUGUACUCAUCUGCGGUAUACGAAGGUGAUUUCGCUGAAUACACCGACCCAGAGAUCCUCCGCACGCCCAUCGAAGGCGUUGUCCUCCAGAUGAAGAGCAUGGGUCUGCACAACGUGAUCAACUUCCCAUUCCCCACACCCCCAAGUCGCCAAGGUCUCGCGAAGGCAGAGAAGCUCCUCAAAAACCUCGGCGCUCUCACAGCCGAAGGCCAAAUAACGCCUAUCGGCCGUCGUCUCGCAACAUACCCUCUCUCCCCCCGGUUCAGCAAAAUGCUCCACAUCGGUCAUCAACACGGCUGCAUGCCCUACGUGAUUGCCCUAGUCGCAGCGCUCGCAGUUGGCGACCUCUUCGUCCCAGAAAACCAACUCGACCCUAACCAACCCCUCCCCACCACAGCCAAGAAGCAAAUCGCCGACGACAGCGAUAGCGACAGCGACAGACGCAAGGUCUACACAAACGCAGACCGCCUCGAAGACGACGAGCGCGAGCAACGCAAGAAAUCGCACGCCCGCGCCCAACGCCUCUUCAGCAAACACGACGACACCUCCGACGCCUUGAAAUCUCUCUCCGCAAUGUGCGCCUACGCCUACGCCUCCGACGGCGACGCCUUCAGCGAAAAAAUGUUCCUCCGCGCAAAGGCAUUCAAAGAAGCAACCCAGCUCCGCCGCCAGCUGACAGACAUCGUGCGCUCAAACAACCCAGGCCUAGUCCCCGCCUACGAAGCCCGUCUACCAGAGCCCUCAGCAAAGCAGAUCAAGGCCCUCAAGCAGAUCGUCACUGCAGGAUUCAUCGAUCACGUCGCUAUCCGCGCUGAUCUCGCUCCUGUCCCGCCGGAGAACCCGCGCGCCCCCCGUCGCGCCAUAGACGUCCCUUACCUGACGCUCUUCCGCUCACGCGACGGUAAUGGCCAGGAUCUGGAGGAACGAGCUGUUUACGUGCAUCCGUCUUCGCUUCUCGCUAAGCUCUCACCAAAGGAAAUGCCGAAGUUCAUCACUUACUCGCAUCUCCAGCAGUCUUCUGCUUCGCUGGUCUCAGACCAGGUGCCUAAAAUUAGAAUGUUCCCGCUUGUUGCUCCUAGUGCAUUGCAGCUCUCGGCGAUUGCGCAUGAUACACCUCUUAUUAAGUACGGCAAGCCGAUUGGCAAGGCUGAUGCUAUCGAGGGCGUGCCGCCGCGCAGAUCUUGCUGGGUUAUUCCUGAAUUGGUGGGUGAUGCGGGCAGUGUGGGCUGGCCGAUGCCCGCUAAGAAGGUUGUGCAAAAGAAGGAUCCAAAGGAGGGUUGGAUUAUUGAAAAGUUUGUGGCAUAA